UAUUGCCUUAGGAUGGAUUAAAUGCUUCUUUCGCGUUUCAAGCAUUAAAUGACAUUGAAAAAAAAUUCUACAAAUUAAUUAAAAAAAAUUCAAAUGCAAACAACGCAACGGUGUCAAGAGAAAGCACACGGAGCACGUCCGCAAAAUCGGAAAAUGCUGAAUAGCGCAAACUGACGCGGUGAAGAGCUCCAGUCUUGUCAGACAGAUUUUCGCUAGCUCCACGCAGCUGGACGCCCUUUGGCCAAUUUCGGUGUGAUUAGAAGCGGCAAACGUGUAGUAAGCUGACCAUGGAUUGUCCAGAGGACGCAACAAACAAGCCCGAGAAAAACAGCGUCGUUGAGGAUGCAAAUCCGAAACCGGCGAACAACGAUACACCGGUGAACAACGUUACACCGGCGAACAACGAUACACCGGCGAAUAACGUUACACCGGCGAACAACGUUACACCGGCGAAUACACCGGCAGCCGCAGAACGACGCUGCCAGUGCGGAUGUUCUGCAAGGUUGGAAACAGUGCUAAAGCAUGACUGGUCAGGAUCGUUUGCAACCAUGCCGGAGUCGCGGGAGGUUUGCAAGGAUUUGGUGACGACACUGUACAUGGACCAGUGCCAUAUGCAACUUUUGCUGGAUUGCAUGUUUGCGGACAUGGAUUUUAAAAGUGAUGUAAUGGCCGAGGCAUACCUAGAAGUCUGUGACAUGCUCGUCGAGCACGGUACAAAUGAGGCACUCAGCCGCAUGCCAUCGUGGGGUCCACAACUCUAAUCAGGAAACAGACACACAAAUGUGUCUUCUUCAAUAAAUAAUUGAACAUUGAACAUUGAACGUUUUUCAUACACGUUUCUUCAAGUUUUAGUUUCAUGCAUGUGAUGUGCAGCGACUAUGGAAGGAUUUUUGGAGAAUGUUAAAAAAAUAGUUAAUAUGCGAACGGUUGGAAAAUGUUGAAUCGUUUUGCCCAUAACCGAGUCUGAGGAGCAGCAACUGGGACGUCAACUCCAAAAUUUGUUAGCCGACCGGUCGCCUGGUGCAAAGUGAGUAGAUUGGAUUUAUGCUUGUGUCUUCAGUGUUUAGUGAAGGAACAAGUAAACCCCUUGGAGGUCCCUAUGUGGAACAGCUAUAGAACAUUUACUUGAGCUUUAAGGUAAAAACGUUUUGUUUUUUUUGUAACUUAUAUGGAAACACAUGCCAUUUUACAUUGCCGCCUAAUAUUAUAAGUACAAGGCUGUUAGAAACUGUCCUCCACCAAUUGCUGUUAGUAAAAAUAAUUCUGAUCGAAUGUAGUUUACUUACCCGUGUUAACGAUAUAGUUUGAUAGGAGUUUUGGAACCAAAAAAAAACCAACACUUUUUUAUUAUUAUUUUUUUUUUGGCAAAAAAUCAUAUUUACACUUCAGUGUGCUUUGGCACAUUUUAAAAAAAACAUUUAAAAUGCAUUUAAACGCAAUUAACGCAAUAACCAGCAAGCUCAUUGGGAAAUGAACAUAACUUUUUUUUCACCCAAAAAUAACUAAAACUUCCAUUUUUUUUAUUCUGUGCACAAAAGCACUUAAAUGGUGCUUUGGCACAUUUAAAACACU